AUGUUUUACAACUACCUAGCGAGAUCACCAAAAAUUUCUCAUACACAGAUAUGUUACAUAAGGAGCAUAAAUAGGAAAAAGCUACUUUUAAAAAAUUAUGAAUCCCGCUUAGACUAUUUUAAAGAAAGGGAUAUAUCAAAAUGGGAUGAAAAAGGAAGCACUGACUGGGACAAGCAGGACAUUAAACGAAAUUGCAGAAUUGACAUACGUGGCAAAGAUGGCAUUGAUAACAUAGAUGGCAAAGUUUGCAUAGAUGGAAAAAUUGGUAUAAAUGGCAAGGUUGACACAGUUGGCAAGAAUGGUCAAAUUUCAUCCUUCAUAUUUCGCAAAUUGGGGGCUACUUUUGCAGGAGAAAGCAGUAAUUUUCCAAGCAGGAUGAAUAUAAGAAUAUUGAAAAGUAGCUUCAUCAAGUAUGAGAAGAAACAAAAGACAAGGAAAACGCACUUUUUAAAAAUAUUAAAUAAAAAACUUGCCUGCCAAAAGUAUACAGAAAAUCAUUAUAUGGGGGGAAGGAUAAAAUUGAAGAAGCACAAAAUAUCUCGUUCUGAUGGAAAUUGUUCUAGGGUUAUCAAUCAUUCGAAUGGUAGUAGCAAUGUAGUUACAAACGAUUACUCGUUAGAGGAUGACUCGACAGAAAUUUUCGUAGAUAACCCAAAAAUAGAAAAGAGAUAUUCAAGAAUAAGUCUUAAACUGAGAGGGGGAGAAAAAAACGAAUGUAAUGUUCAUUCGUAUUAUGAUGAGGUAGAUAAAGUUGUAAGCAAAUUCUCCCAAGGAACAAAGGGAGCAAAGAUAUCAAAGAUAAAAAACACAACAAAAGAUGGAGAUAGGUACAAAGAAGGUAAGGAUAACAAAGAUGAAAAUUUUGAAGAAGGUACUGAAACGGAUGACUCGACUUCCGGAUCGUGUAUUCUGCCGAGUAGUGAAGCAAUGAACAACCCAAACAAAUUUUUAAAUGUGCUGUACAUGCUAAUCGAAGGGAAAAAAGAGAUAAAUGAAAAUAUCGCAAAUGAACUGAAAAAUAUAUAUGCUCAUAUUAUCAAAACACACAAAGACUUGAAGAUGACCUUUUUAUUAUUAUACACAAUGAGUAAGUUAUUAUGCAUAAAUAAUUUAAUAAAACCUUUAUAUGAUGACAUAUAUAAAGUUCAAGAAACAGAAUUGUUAUCCAUAAUAUUGCGUGUAUUAAUAAAUUCAUAUUAUUAUGACAAAGAAUUAGUAUGGUUUAUUUUAAAUAAAAUAAAGGAUGAUAUACGGCUUGGUACAUGUUCUACACUAACAAUAAGCAAUACGUUUUAUUGCUAUGCAAUUUUGUAUAAAAGGAAUUUAAUUAAUAUAGAAAAUAUUCCCAUGGGAGAAAUAAUUCAAAUAAUUUAUAAUUAUUAUAAUUUAUUUUCGUAUAUUCAACUUUUCGAAAUUGUUGACAUAUUUCAAAAUUUCAGCUUUUUUAAAGAUUAUAAAAUAGCGAUAACAAAAGUAGAUAAAAUGAUAUACAAAAAUGUAGCCAAAUUAUUUUUUAUCAUUGGGAAUUAUUUUAUUAACAAAGAUAUUAUAAAAUCUAUGUCUUUUAAAAAUGUUAAGAAAUUAAUUUAUUCAUAUGCAAAGAAUAAAAUGUACCAUGAAAAAUUAUUUUUACAUGCAUUUCCUUUUUUACUAAAGCAGAUAAAACAAUACAAUGAGGAUAUAAUGAAAAAUAAGAGUUAUUAUAAUUAUUACGGUGCAUAUGAUCAGGAGUUAAACGAAGCAAAAAAUUUGGACGAUGAAUUAAAAAAAAACUAUGUAAACAAAGGUAAAGAAAAAGUGACUACUACUAAUAUAGGACCAAACUCAUAUGGGAAAAAUUAUACACUGUGUGAGGACAACUGCAAACGAAUUAAUGAUGCCAUAGAACAAAAUACUACAAAUGUUACUGAUAUCUUAUACGCUUAUAGCAAAUUUAAUAUGUAUAUUGACGAACUAUAUAACGAAAUAUUACUAUUUUUGCAGCAUUUAUAUAAAAACAUGAAUUGCUCAAACUUAUCACAAUGUUUAGUAUCUUUAACAAAAGUUAAUUGUAAUAUUACAAUACUAUUAUCAAAAAUAAGUGCGGAGAAAUUUAACGCGAAUUCAAAUUAUAUGAACUUUUUUAAAUAUUGCACACCCAUUGAUUUAAUGAAUUUUUUGCUAAGCUUCAGUAAAAAUUUAUUUGCAGAAAAAGAGGUAUAUAACAUACUAGCCGACCUUCUUUUAAUGAAGGAAAAAAUAUUUUCAUUACAAGCUGCCGACUUAGUUAAUAUUAUUCAUGCGUAUAGUAAAAUUUAUUAUUUGAAUAAAAAACUUUUUAUAACUGUUGAUAAUAUUAUUUCCUCCAGGCUUGAUAAUAAUUCAGAUUAUUUAUUGCCUGAACAAGCAAUAAAAUAUCUCAACUCGUGUGCAAAGUUGUCAUACAAAAAUGAAAAAAUUAUUUAUAAAAUAAUAGAAAUAAUACAUAAAGGGAAUUUUGUCAACAUAAAAAUAUUUGAUUUAUUUAAACUUUUAAAAAGUGUUAAAAAGUUGGAUCUAUGCUUUGAAAGUUUAGAAACACACAUUAAAAUGAUUGCGCCCAACAUCACCUUCGACUGCUCCAAAUAUACCAACUAUUAUUAUAAAGCUGUGAAGGACCUUCACACGAGGAAAAAAAAGUGGGUGUGGUAG